CAAAGGUCUCUAGCGGAAACGGAAAUCAGCAGCUAAUUAGAAAAAUGAACAAAGACUUCAUCACGCAGGGCGGCACGCCCAUAACCACUGAGCUGGCCACGGAUCUGCGCAACCUGGUUUUCGGUACCGCCGCCAUUCCCAUGCGAGCCGAGUGGCUGCAGACGUCCUUUGUGUUCGGCGCUCCCAAGGAGGAGCUGGCCUACGGCCUCCGCUCGCCCCGGAACGCCACCCGUGGCCUCCUGUCCGUCGUCCAGGGAUUCGUCCUGAAGUACCUCCUGUUUGCCCGGAAGACCAGUCGCGUCGCUUCGCUUACCGACCCGCUCCUGGCCACCGCCGAUAUGCAACGAGAGGCCCUGUUCUGCGCCCUGCUGGAGAUCCUGCGCACCAUCUCGGACAAGGGCAAGGUCACCAUCGUGCUGCCGUCGGAGGACGAGGUGUUCGUGGAACACAGCGCCUGCUACUUUCACGAUUCCGUCACCGAGAAGCUCUAUGUUUUCACGCUGUCACCCAACGAGGAGUUGGAGUACUUUAUGAAGCGAAAUUUCAAAUACUUUACAGAGGAGGAGACCCCGGGCACCCUGCUGUUUCUUUAUAGCGCCGUCCUCACGCGAUCCAUGGGAAAAGUUCGCACGGACCUGAAGUCCGCGCCCCUGACGUCGAGCAACCACGAGGAGGGCUCCCUGAUGAUUGUCACCCUGCUGCUGACGGGCCGUGCCACGCCCUAUAUCCACAAUGGGGUUGUAAAUGUGGGCGACGAGAGUAGCUAUGCGGUUCCACAGUACGGUGUCCUGAAACGCUGUAUGAUCGGUCUUUUGCUCUGGGAUAUCGAGUCGGCCAGUGCUGCGGUUAAUCAGUCCCGCCAGCCGGGCUCCCGCCUCAAGACGCCCAACUACCCCAUCUGGAUAACCAGCUGCACGGGCCACUUCGGCGUGAUCUUCAACAAGAACCCGGACCUGCUGCGCAACUACCACGCGGAGUCGCGCUUCGACGUGAACUACUACAGCUGCUCGGGCCACCAAAUCCUGAUGACCAUCGACAAUCGCACUUACAACGAGCAGGCAUUGGUCAUGUUGGAGCGGCAACCAAUCACGCCGGAGAGUACCUCGAUGUCCGGAAAGGAGGAGGGCGGGGGCGCUACGUCGCCAACGGCCGCUUCCGGAGGAGGAGGUGCUGCUGCCGGCGGCGGUGUGGGUGGCGCUAGCGGCGGUGUUGGUGGUGCUGCUAGUGGCGCUAGCGGUGGUAACGAUGUGGUCGCCAAGGAGGAGUCGACGCUCAACACGCCGUUGCAGCGUCUGAUUCGUACCAAGUGGGAAGAGGCAACUAUAAGCUUUCACGUGCAGCCAUCGAUGUUGAGCUAUCUUUUUAGUACCACUCAGUAGAACGCAGGCUCUGAGAGGGUUGUAGGAACUCUUGCUAAAGGCAGGCCGAUUCACAUUCUAGCGCAAGAGAUAUCUUCAAAGAUAGAGAUAGUUAGAUUCGGAAAUCUAUUGGUACUAGGUUAUUGUUAUUUUAGUUGAGAUCAGAAGGGUUUUUAUAACUUUUUAAUAUUAUUUUCAAUUUAAUUAAACAUUAAAACAGACAGAGAAGUCACAAGGUAAUACAAAUUUAAUAAUUCAUUUUAAUUUUAGGUAUCUGACACUUUAAUCGACUUCCCCGCAAUUCAUUUAAGCAUGUAAGCUUGUUAUGUUGUCUCUUGAUCUAUGAUAUAAAUCGACUUUCUUGGCGAAUGACCAAUGCACCAGUGAGUUUAAACGCCAUUUAUAUCCUCUUGUGGAUAUAAGCUGUUUUAAUUCGCAUAACAACAAAGUAAGUUCCAAAUGCCAGAAGCAGAAAACAGUGAAGGCACUGAAGAUUGAAUAUUUUACCAGAUUAUUCAUAUUGUAAGAGAUACUUAUUGAAAGAUAUCCAUAAACCGUAGAAAUUGUGGUUUGAAUAUCCCCAAACAUAGUUUUAAAUACUUACCAGACUAGCGCCUUUUAAUGUAAGCUUACUAGAUGACGCACAAGAGUAUAAACUAGUUAGCACACCUUGUAGUAGAGUUCUACUGUUGCUGUCUAUCCGAUGGACUAUCAUUAUUGGUAUUUUAAAAAGAUAUAAGUGGUCGAAAAGCAAGACAGCGAUGGUAAAUACACGUAAAAUAUUCCAAGUAUCUGAUAAAUGCGAACGAGCUAGGGCAGAUUUAUGAAAAGUGGCACAGCCUUCAGAAAUCUGCCUGGAUGAGGCCUCUCUUUACGGGAAGAGCGACUACGGGACUCUAAACCAGUUGAUUGAUGCUGCCGCCUGGAGCCACUAGACGAUAUAUUAUCAAAUCUUAUGUAGAUCUCCAACAUGCUUCGAUUACUCCAACC